AUGAAGCUGGAAAUCCAUCUUCAACCUGAGUCCAGAUCAAUGCUGGUCAGGAUUCCUAAUUCAACAAUUAGGAAAAAGAUUGUCGAGCAAGAAUUCUGGCAUAUUGACAAUGUGCUCUUUUAUGUUGCUCAAUGGUCAGACUCAGUCGCAAUGCAGCCUCCGGUGUUCACUACCAUGCCACUAUGGGCGCAUUUCAAAGGCAUUCCCGUUGAUCUCUAUACCCAGGAAGGACUUGGCAGAGUUGGAGACCUGUUAGGGUAUCCAUUGGAAGUAGAUGAGUUUACCAGAAGAAUGACAAAUAUCAAUAUUGCUCAUAUUAAGUGCAGAGUUUAUUGUUCGAAACCUUUACCGAAAUGUGGAGAGAUCGAAAGAGACAAUGGAGAAGUGGUCACUGUCACAAUUGAGUGCCCUUGGUUCCCUCCGUUGUGCUCAUGUUGUGCUACUCCAACCAUCGUUCCAGAGGAAAGUCUUCAUGUUAAUUCAGAACUGGUACCACCCGUGGUAGAAACUCCUGACCCAAUAUCUGAUCAAGGUUCCACUCCUUAUGUCACCCCGCCUGAGGUCCCUAUCAGUUUGGACUCUUCUCCUCAUCUAGCUGUUAAAACCUCUUCAAAGAUCUGUCCAAACUGCUGCUCCUAUCUCAUUGGAACCAGAUGGCUCUAUUACUUCUCCCCCCCUCCUCCCCUAGACCUCCCUCCCCUUCCAUAUCCUCCCAACCUAGCGACCCCCUCCUAA